ACAUACGGGCCGGGUGGCGUUUGCACAAACCGCAUUAGCCCAGGUUGGCUUAGCUUAUUUUUGAUUCUUUCUCCCGAGUACAAAAAACACCAAACCAAAGAUUUCAUUUCCAGGAGCCGAGUGCCAGUUCAAACUCUUUGCGACCAAAAGACACAAGGAGCGGAUCGUUGCAGGCCGCAAGGGGAGAGGCUCCCGUUCACAGCCCAGUUGUUGGGCUUCUUGAUCAGCGUGGUGAGCUCGGUCUUCUGCGGCCACCUGGGCAAGAUUGAACUCGAUGCCGUCACCCUUGCUGUUUCGGUUAUCAAUGUGAUUGGCAUUUCAGUGGGUACCGGCUUGGCAUCGGUAUGCGAUACCCUCAUGUCGCAGACCUACGGGAGCAAAAACGUGAAGCGAGUCGGGACCAUCCUGCAGCGGGGGAUCCUGAUCCUGCUCCUCUUCUGCUUUCCUUGCUGGGCCCUGUUCAUCAACACCGAGCGGAUCCUGCUGCUUUGCCGGCAGGACCCUGAAGUCUCCAGAUUAACCCACAUUUACGUGAUGAUCUUCAUUCCAGCCCUGCCGGCUGCAUUCAUCUACCAGCUGGAAACACGCUAUUUGCAAAGCCAGGCUAUUCUCCUGCCGCAAGUGGUGACCGGCGCGGUGGUGAACGUGCUGAAUGUGAUCAUGAACGCCAUCUUCCUGUACACGUUCAAGCUGGGUGUGGUGGGCUCAGCCUGGGCCAACACACUUUCGCAGAACAUGCAGGCGUUUCUCCUCUUCUUGUACGUGUGGUGGAAAAAGAUCCAUAAGGAGACCUGGGGAGGCUGGACGUGGGACUGCCUGCAAGAAUGGGGGCCCUUCAUCCACCUGGCCCUGCCCAGCAUGUUUAUGAUCUGCAUAGAGUGGUGGACCUUCGAGAUCGGGAGCUUCCUGGCAGGAUUAAUCAGUACGGUGGAAUUAGGCGCUCAGUCCAUCAUCUACGAACUGGCGACCAUCGCGUAUCUGCUGCCACAGGGCAUGAGCGUGGCCUCCAGUGUCCGAGUGGGUAACGCCUUGGGCGCGGGGGAUGCUGACCAGGCCAAGAGGUCGUGCAUCAUGGCCCUCCUUUGCACUGGUGUGUAUGUCUCUUUAAGUCCGGGAGGGGGCGGAGUUUCGGUGGUGCUCCUUCUUCACUAGUUCACAUCUUUAUGCAUGACUUGGAAGAUGGAAUGGGAGGGAUGCUAAUUAGAUAUGCAAAUGACUCGAAGCUUGGAGCAGGUUGGCUCAUACCUUAGAGCAGUG